GACGUUGUACAGGAACAUGGCGCUUUGGAUGAGAGGUGGUUCAUGAUAGUCAGAGCUAUCGAUUAAAUGUUCUGUUAGUGUGUUCACUUUCAUAACGUUAGGGUACAUACUCCAAACAUGGCAGGUCGUGAAAGAUGAUCGCUGCUUUUGUCUCCGUGGAGAACGGAACAUUAUUUGUCAUGGCGAUGUUUGCUGUCGUCAGCUGAAACUGUUAGCCUCGACAUGCUAGCGGAAGCUAGUUAGCUGGCGAGUAGCAAGCUGCUAAACAACCCGAAAAUAUGCUUUUAUAUGUAGCCUACACUGGCGUAAAACUGGUUGUCAAUGAUUAAGAAACUUUAACCAGCAUCAUUUUAGCUACUUCUUUAGUACUACGAUUUCAAUUAGCUAACGUUUUGUUGGCUAAGCCUGGAGGAUGGAGAGCCGCCAUGGAUCUGUGUUGUUGAUGGCGAGUUGGAUUUUUCUGUCGGUGUUUUGGUUGUCUGAAGGUUUCCCUCUACAGUAUCAUCACAAAUCAGGCGGGAGCCCUGGGGACGGAGUGGCUGUGUCUGUGUACCUGUCCCUGGGGGUGUCAUUGACGGCGCUGGUGGCCCUGGUGGUGCUGCUAGUCAACUGCGUGACCUGCUGCAAGGAAAGGGAGAUCAACUUCAAGGAGUUCGAAGACCACUUUGAUGAUGAGAUCGAUUUCACUCCACCGGCAGAGGACACGCCCUCUAUGCAGUCCCCAGCCGAGGUCUACACCCUCGCUGUGUCCCCAGUGCUCCUUCCUGGACCCCCGCAUCUACAACCUCUUGCCAGCAUUACAGAGGCAUCCACCGGCUUCCAGGUAGGACGCCACAGCUUGAGUUACAUCCAAGAGAUUGGUAGCGGCUGGUUUGGCCAGGUCCUUUUGAGUGAAAUCUACUCAGAUCCAGGUGGAACCAGAGUGGUGGUGAAGGAGUUAAAAGCUAAUGCAAGUGCGAAGGAACAGAAUGAUUUUCUACAACAGGGGGAUCCAUAUAGAGUGCUGCAGCAUCCAAACAUCCUCCAGUGCCUCGGUCAGUGUGUUGAGGCCAUUCCCUUCCUGCUUGUUUUUGAAUACUGUGAAAUGGGGGAUUUGCGGGGCUAUCUGUCUCAGCAGGAUUGGAUGUUCAGGAAUGCUGAGUUGCUGCAGCUCCAGAGGAUGGCCUGCGAAAUUGCUGCGGGUGUCACUCACCUUCACAAACACAACUUCCUGCACAGUGAUCUGGCUCUGAGGAACUGUUACCUGACUGCAGAUCUUACAGUCAAAGUGGGAGACUAUGGAAUUGGACCCUACAGAUACAAAGAGGAUUACAUCAUCACAGAGGAUGAUGUGUUUGCACCCCUUCGCUGGCUGGCUCCUGAGCUGGUGGGAGAGCGCCAUGGAGGUGUAAUCACUAUGGAGCAGACUAAGCAGAGCAAUGUGUGGGCUUUGGGAGUCACGCUGUGGGAGCUCUUAGAGAACGCCACUCAGCCGUACCCACAUCUGUCUGACCGGGAGGUUCUCAAUCACGUAAUCAAGGAACAGCAACUCAAACUGUUUAAGCCACAGCUGGAGCUUCCUUAUUCUGAACGAUGGUAUGAGGUCUUACAGUUCUGCUGGCUCUCCCCUGACAAACGGGCAACCGCUGAGGAAGUGCAUCGCUUGCUCAUCUAUCUUCGAAUGCAAGGCCAAAAAGACAUGGAAGAAGACUUUGACCAACGCUGGGAUGCACUCAAGCCCAACCCGUCCACACGCCAGACCACUGUCAGCCACUCCUCCUUCCCCAUCUUGGACCAGUUUGCUGAUGAUGCCCUGCGACAAGAGAUUGAUGAAAUUCUCACCGUCACAGAAACAAGCAAAGGCCUCAGCUUUGAAUACGUCUGGGAGGCAGCCAAGCAUGACCACUACGAUGGCAGCCAUGUCCAUUCAGGCAUGGACACAACGCUGAACUACCACAGCAUGUUUUUCCCUGUUUCCCAGGAGGACAUCCAAGCCCAUUUCCCUGACCCUUUAACCAAGCAGGCUGGAGCAAACAGUCACGCCCCAAUGGAAAUUCCUGGUAUUGUACCAGUGUUUGACACAAAGAAGUCAUCUAAUGGGAAUGAAUAUUAUAUACAGCUGGAGGAUCAAGGGGAGAGCACUGCUGGGGAACAUUGUAGCAGAGGGCAAGACUUUGUGAUUCUUCAAGAUGUCCGCCUGGAUGAGUCUAGCACAGAUGCCGACUUUUUCCACCAAAGCAUCGACUCAAAGGAUUCGUAUUUACCAGAUAGCCACAUCUGGUCAUCUCUGGAAAAUGACAGCCCCUACCACACCAACAUUUUCACUGAGGAGGGGCCCAAACAAGAGGACUCUCCCUGCUGGAGACAGAAUGUUUUGGAGCUUCCAGAGCGCUGUGGGAACCCUUUCACCCAGAUGAAUACAAGUCAAAGCUACGGAGACUCUUUUUUAGAGGACGCCUCUCGUUUGUCAGGGUCUGUGGACGGAGAGGAAGAGAACGGGGAUGGUAAGAUGCUUUUCAGUACGGAAAAACUCGCUGAUAACUACAUGUUCCUCAGAGACCAGAGCCUGAUGAAAGAGGGCUCUACUUUCUCAGCUCUGCAGCCGAAUUUUCUUUUACCUGGUGUUGUCCAUGAGCCAGAGGAAGCAUUCAGAAUGAAUUCCUGGGACAACCUUGAGACUCUAGGCAGCUUAAACACAGCAGACACAUACCUAAAAUCUGCAGAAAGUAGCACAUCUUCGAGAAAUGAACUUUUAGACUCUCAAAGUACCAACCUGGGGCAGUCGUGCCCUUCUACAUUCGACAACGAAACACUGGUGCCUUCCAUUACAGUGGUCACAGACGAUGACGCAAGCAACCAGCUGCCAGUUAGAAAUAGCUCUUCCACUGAAGACCUUGGUCUACUGCAAUCCUCAGACAGAGGUGUAGACUCUGGCUUUAAUUCUACCUCAGAAAGGUUUGAGGUUUUCAUUAAUGAAACUGAUGGUCCUUCCCUUCCAUUAUCUAACAGUGCCACUACGGACUCAUUGUGCACAGAUGCCAAUAUCCCCAGCCUUGUUGAUGAUCUCCCAGCCCCAAAGGUCACUGCUCACCUUAAAGGAAGUAAAAUGCCUGAAACCCAGCAAGCGCUGUCCUCUGAAAACGGACUCAACGAAGACCUAACAAGCAACGAUCUGUUAAGUGAGCUGAUCGAGGAUGCAGAUAUAGAAUUGGAAACCACUCUGUCUGACCACGAAGAGUCCUUCAUGGAGACCAAUGGCCAUGACCUUGUUAAGUCAUCCCUCUUGGUUUCUGGACCAUCCUUGGACCAAAUCAGCCAAGACAGUUUAUUGGAAGACAGCAUGUGCACUAAUAUUCCAGCCGUGGACAAUUCAGCUGAAACACCAGACUCCUUAGACUCUCUGGACAUACAGAGGUUGGGGGAGCAGGGAGACGAUCUGAGCUCUCAAACAGCCCAACACAAACUCCAGCCUCCAUUCAAAAUAUCAGACAGUGGCUAUGAGACUGAGAACCUGGAGUCUCCUGAGUGGAACUCUCAGCCAAAUGUCAAAGACGGCUCCCCCCUUAAAAAUGGCCUGGGCACCACUGAAGAAGAAGAGGCGGAGCUCACAACCAACAUGGUUCCACCACAAAUCGUCAUCUCUGAAGUGGAGACCGCAGUGGAUGCUGAGGCUGAGGACCCCCGUGAGCGUCAGCAGCCGGGUGCUGCAGGCCCUGUGGAGGAGCCGCACGCAGGGAGCAACUACCGAGAUUCUGCCUAUUUCUCCGACAACGAAUCGGAGACUGAGAAGAAGUCUGAAGAGACCACCGCAGGGGUUGCUGUCGAAGUCACAUGGCCAAGCAGCUCUGAAGCUCCAGCACUGGAAAGCUGCGAGGACACAGAUGUUGGAGCCUCGUUUUCCCAGCAAGAAUCCCCCGAAGCCGCCGAACGGCUCGAGCAAGAGGCCCAGCUUGGAGAAACAACUGAUGCCCACCUAGAAGCCGGGGCUUCAGAUGCCACAGUGAAACACGAUAGGGAGCCGAGCAGCUGUAAUGACGCCGAAAAUAAACCAGAGCUCGAUCAGCUAAGCCCAUCAGAAGAUCCGGAAAUCGCAACACUGCCUUCUGCUGCCCCAGCAGAUCCAGACAGCAACCCCCACGCCAAGCUGACUCGGACCAACGCCAGCGACUGUCAGAAAAUCAAAGAGCCGGACACCGAGGGGCGCUACCUGGGCAGGAGAGACGGCUCCGCUGUGGACGGACAGGAAGACGGCGUCGACGCCGAUGAGGAGGACGAGAACAGCGAGGACUCGGAUGAGGACAUCCGCGCGUACCAGCUGCACAGCUCCAGCUCGGAGAGCGAGGACGAGGCCGUGCACACGGUGCCCAUCAUCGUGUCGGACGAACCUGCGAAGAACCUGAAGAGCUUACUGAAGCCCACCACGCUGAAAAUCGAGGCGUCAUCUGCCUCCUCCCCUGUGAGGUGGGGCACGGAGAACUCCAGGAGAGCCGUUUCGUUCUUCGAUGAUGUCACCGUCUACCUGUUUGACCAGGAGACUCCCACAAAGGAACUGGGCGACUUCUCCUCAGGCUCCAACAGUCAGCCGCCAGAGCUCAGCAGCCCCGUGACCACUGCCAGCUACCUGAACCGCUUCGCUAACUCCGAGAGCUCCACGGAUGAAGAAGGUGGUGGUUUUGAGUGGGACGAUGACUUUACCUCGCAUGCACCCGCCUUCCUGCCCAAGACGGAUAAACACCCCGUCUCCAAGGCCAUGUCAACGCCAGGCCCGGCUAUAGGGCUGGAGCGCAGCUGGAGCAGCUCCUCAAACUACUCCCGAUUCUCCAUCUCACCAGCAAGCAUUGCUAACUUCUCCCUCACACAUCUUACCGACUCUGACAUCGAACAAGGGGGAAGCAGUGAGGAUGGAGAAAAAGACUAAACUGAUAAAUGAAGGGAUCAUUUAUCAUCGCACUACUGAGAAACCAGGCUGCACCUUCCCUUAGUGGGAGCAGCUGAACAAGGACAAAUGAGGCUGUGUGGGGAGCUUCUCUCAGGCAGAAUCGUUCUCAGCGGAGUGGCCACCAAACUGACAAUGCACCCAGUCUGAGCCACAUCACCUGUCCAGCUACAUAUGUGUGUCGGGAUGUCCGUUCCAUGCAAUUACAUUUUUGGGAGGGGAUGAUAAAAGAAAAAAAAAAGAAAAAAAGCAGGUAACAGACCUUUGCUUCCCCCAAAAAGGAAAAAAAAAGAAAAAAAAAGAUGUUCUGGAUUGAUGAAUUGAACACACUGAGCUGGCAAAAUAAUCACUACAACUAAACAGGAAUAAGCUCUUUGAUCUAGUCAGACCUACAAAUGAAAAGUUUCAUCUGCAUCACUGUUUAGUAUCCUCAUGUUGUGCGUUUAUAUUGGUGGUUGCCUUUUUUUUUUUCCUUAACUUUCUUUGAGUUAAAUCAUGAUCUCCUCUUUAGAGAGGAACUGUGUGGAAUCCUUCUGUAGCAGUAUUUGAAUAAAAAGGAUCGUGAAUGUGGACACGUCAUCCGAUGGUGGGAUGAUUGUGCGAGCUACAAUCUGCAGAAGUGACGCACUGUUUAUUCCUUUGUGUUUGAAAGGAACCUUCACAGUAAGCAGACGGGUUAUAGGUUAGGGAUUGUUCUGUCAGUCCUGAUGAGGUUGAUCCAACUGUAAGACAGUUGUGAAUGAGAACAUAUUAAUUAUUGAUUUUUUUUUCUUAUUGUAAAGCUUUACUCUUGUUUGUUUCGAAUACUCAUCACUGGGUCUAAUUGUGGUGCCUGUUGAUGCUGCAAAGACAGCUGCUCUCCAUUCAACACUACAGAAUAUUCAAAUCACACGUUAAGUGAGAUGGUGUAAAAAAAAAAAAAAAAAAAAAGUCAAAAGAUUCUAUUUUUAAAUGUCAAGAUGGAGAAAUGUCGCCAGCUGUUUGUAAACAAAUGUGCAAUGAAUCUCAAGGGUUAGCUUAAAGUUGCGCGUUCAUAGGAUGAUCUGAUGAUGUGCAGGGACUUUUGAGCCUUGUGAAAGCUCAUCACUAGAACAAAAAAGAAGAAAAGAAACGUGGCUGCUUUUAUAAUCAGUGUCAUGGGCAGAGCUGUUUGCCUUUUUUCUUUUUCUAACUUGGGGUCAAAGAUUGCAAUAUCCUACUUAGAAGAGAGAAAAAAAAUAGCCUAAUGCAAUUUGUUGUCAAAGAGGAUCUGCGUUUACCCUCACGUCUUUCUAUACAGCUGUAACAUUUUGAAACUGUAGGUUAUACGGUUACUGUAUGGAUCUUUCCCGAUGACUCCAACACCCUCAAUAUUUUGUCACUGACAACAGUUGUAGUUGACUUGCAGUAGAUAGCCGCCCAUCUCACCUGCCCCAUCCAGAGGCACUGUACCUUAGACAAUGUUAACUUCUGUUCCAACCAGCAGCCUGUGUUUCAGUUAAACUUGAACAUCUAUUUAAGGAAAUCUUUUAAUUGAAUACAGUAUACAUUUGCUUAAUCUUGCACAUUUGAAAAUUGUAAGUUAAUGUUGAAAUGUUCUAAUGUGUGUAAAUAUAUAUAUAUAUAUAUUUUGUUUUUGUUUCUUUGGUCUGUAAAUGGGAAAUGAUGGAACUGAGUCAUAGGUAUGAGGUUUCAUUUUGUAACUUAAAGCUGAGUGAAAUCAGAGGAACAUAUCAGUCUCCAGCUAAAAGCAUCUAAAUUAAGACACAAAAGCGGAUGUUGAAUUCAUUCUGUCCUUUAAACCUGUAGAUUUUAAAUAUUUUUACUUCAUAUUGAUCCUGUUUAGUGUAAUUGAAUGAAAUGUUUCUAAUUACACUGUUUAAUAUGAAAAUAAAUGCAAA